AUGCACCGCAGGCAGGCCUCGCUGAGAGGAUCUCUAGCCAGGAGACAGCCUCCUCCUCUAGGGAGGUCAGGGCUGAAGCUAGGUGUGAGCAGUAACCAGGUGAUUGUUCCUGAGAAAGUAGACGCGGUGCUGGGGAAGAACAUUACACUGGGCUGCAGGAUAGAGGUGGGCUCCAACCUCAGUCUCACGCAGAGCUCCUGGGAACGUCGUCUUCCUUCAGGCACCAUUACCUUGGCAGUGUUCAACCCCGAAUUAGGAAUCUCCAUCUCUCAAGAGUACUCCAAGCGCAUCUCCUUCGUUUCCCCCUCCAUACGAGAUGCCACCAUUGUCCUUGAAGGAGUUGGCUUUGCAGAUGUCGGCUCCUACACCUGCAAAGUGGCGACGUUUCCUCUGGGAAAUACACAAGCAUCGGCCUACGUUAAUGUAAUAGUGGAGCCAAAGGUGUAUGUAUCCACCGGCCCCACGGCUCUGCUGGACGGCGGGAACGAGUCGCUGGUAGCCACCUGCAUAGCAGAGCGUGGCCGCCCCGCCGCCGAGGUGUUCUGGGAAACGGAGCUGUACGGGAGGAGCGAGAAGCACAGUCAGGACGAGACCAACGGCACCACCACAGUACACGUGCACUACAUGUGGCAGCCGCAGAGCUACGCACAGGGGAAGAAGCUCAACUGUGUGGUCCGGCACCCGGCCCUGCAGACAGAGUUCAGCAUACCCUACACACUAAAUGUUCACUUUGCACCGACGGUAUCAAUAACAGGAGAUGAUAAGAAUUGGUAUGUGGGACAAGAAAAUGUAAAGUUCAUCUGUGGUGCCAAAGCCAACCCACCUGCCCAUCGCUUCACAUGGACCAGGUUGGAUGGAGUGAUGCCCGAGGGUGUCGAGAUCUCAAACAACAGCUUUGCGUUCACUCGCCCUUUGGACCGCAAUGAUUCUGGAGUUUACCGCUGUGACGUGACAAAUGACAUCGGUCUCCGCAGUCAUAAUGUAAACCUCUGGGUUCAAGAUCCUCCCCCCACCACGGCCGCCCCCAGCACCACCGCAUCCCUGCUGCACGACACCUCUGGAACUGGCACCGCUGCAGACCAGCAGAGAGCCCUGUUUACCUCCCCGACCCUGGCCUCCUUACCUGACAGCAGCCUGGGUACUAUAGUGGGUGGAGCGGUGGGUGGAGUUCUGUUCCUGAUCCUCCUGCUGAUCCUGGGCGGCGUUUGCUUCAUGCGACAGCGCAGAACCUUCAGAGGAGACUACUACACCAAACAGUACCUGGGACCCUCCGACAUGCAGAAGGAGUCCCAGCUGGACGUGCUGCAGCCGCACGAGCUGCAGGAGGUUUACGGGGACAAGACGAGCAAAGGCAGCCAGGAGCUGAAACCCAAAUUGGGUGGAGACAUCAUUUACCCCGACUACACCCCUGAACACAAGGAUAGGGAUGACUGGGUCGACAGGGGGGACAACCACAGGGGCCUCACGGAGGGAAACUACUACCCUGAUCACUACAACAACCAAAACAUGCACCCCUGUGGACCUCCAGUGCACAGCCCCAUAGUGAACAACGGCUCCCCCUACCUCCCGGAGGACUGCUAUGACAAUGGUACAGACAGCGACUAUGUGUCCCACAUGGAUGGAUCGGUGAUCUCACGCAGGGAGUGGUACGUGUGA